UCCUUCAACACCAACCCUCCACCGACUGCCGUUCUUCCUCUCUAUCUCUUCUCACGCUCUCCAUGGCUAAUUUUCUGAGCUAUGUUCUGUUCCUGGUGCUCCGGACGUUUGCUGCACCGCCAGAGUACAUCCAAGUGUGGCCCGGCGGAUCGACGUCAGUCCCAAGAGAUCUGGGCAACGAUACGGUCGGCCCUUCUUUAGUUCCCCCUCCAGGAACAAGCAAACACGCUCCUCACAGCAUCAUCAUCGGCGUGCGGAAAGGAGGCACCAGAGCAUUGCUAGAAAUGCUGGAUAUCCAUCCCGGAGUGGCGGCGGCCGCCACUGAAGUUCACUUCUUCGACUGGGACGAGAACUACGCCAAAGGCUUCGAAUGGUACCAGGACCAAAUGCCCUAUUCGUACCCAAAUCAGAUCACCGUUGAAAAGACGCCGGGGUAUUUCACAUCUCCGGUGGCGCCUGCGCGGAUUCAUGCUAUGAACUCUUCCAUCAGACUCUUGCUGAUCUUGAGAGAUCCGACGGAGAGAGUCAUAUCGGACUAUACGCAAGUCUACUUCAACCGCUUGGAGAACCACAAACCCGUACAAGCCAUCGAGAACAUGCUAGUCAAGAACGGCGCGCUAAACACGCGCUACAAAGCCAUCCAGCGCAGUCUUUACGAUGUCCACAUGAGGAACUGGCUUCAGCACUUUCCUCUGGAGCAGAUCCACAUUGUGGACGGGAAUACGCUGAUCCACGAUCCCUUUCCGGAGCUCCAGCGAGUCGAACGCUUCUUGCAUCUGCCGCCUCGGAUUGUGGCGUCCAACUUCUAUUUUAACCAGACCAAAGGCUUCUACUGCAUUCGCAGUGAUGGCCAGGAGAGAUGCCUGCACGAGUCGAAAGGACGUCCGCAUCCGCCUGUUAACAGCACUGUGUUGCGACAGCUGCGUCUGUACUUGCGCCAACACAAUCGGAACUUCUACCGACUUAUAGGACGUACCUUUAACUGGCAGUAGUGGGAGGGGCUGGAAUCAGCCAAUCACAGCCCAGCUGAGGGACUGAUUGACAGCUGACGGACCGUAGAAACCACUCCUCCUUUGGACACAUCUCUUAAAUGCCUUCCAGCUGCUUUUAUAGGGAUAGUUCUCCCAAAAAUUCUAAUUCACUGUCAAGUCUAUACAAGAUGUAGGUUAGUUUUUUCUUCAGAAGAGAGUAAAGAAGA